UGUACUUCCAACAAGCAAAAUUGGAAGAUAGAAUCACUGACCGUCUAGCGAGAGGUUCCGGAGCUUGUUCGGCACCUGUCCUUGGAUGUGCCACAGCGCGUUUCGUCGUACAUAAGUUUUGAGAGGGAGUAGGAAAAGCAAAGAUUGUCAGCGUAAGAUCAAACCAGAACCAUGGAGACAUCGCGAUCCAAGGCAGCUGCGGCGGCAGCUUCCAUGGUGCCCUUUCACUGCGUGAUCUGCUUCGAAGAAUUUACGUCGACAGAUCGGACCCCGAUGGUGUUGCCGUGCGGACACACCUUUGUAUGUGCGCCCUGUACGCGACGCCUUAGACGCUGCAUGGAGUGUCGAGAGCCUCUAUUUAUGCCGGCGACCAGUAAUGGUGGCAUUCGACUUUCAAAUCAACGGGUUCUGAUGCCACCGGUGACGGUACGGCAAGGAGAUCGGUCGUCUCCCGACCCGUCUACUCCACCGCGACAACAAUCGCAAUUUCCCGGUCCCCUUGCCUUGCCAAUUCCGAAGAACGUCGUAUUGCUUUCGAUGAUGGAAGCUGCGGGGCGGCAGAAGAAGAUCGAUGGUCAGCAGAAGAAGGAGGCCGAGGAUACUGAUUCGGUUGAAAGUGGUGUUGAUUCGGACGAGGAAGAAGCUGAACAGUUUGAUCUCGGUGCUAUUAUUAGAAGUAUGGCGACAAUGUCGGGACCGUGUGGAACAUACGCAGUAAGAGAACGAUUUGGUCUAGCAGUGCUCCCAGGGGACCCCCGUAGGAACCGUUCCUUCUCCGGGGAGAGGGAGGCGGAUGUCGCUGAACCCGCUCGGGAAAGAGAGCCAUUUUCACUGACCUUUGGGCAAAAGCUACAGAUUGUUGACUUCCGCGAUGGCGUCGCCAAACUUGCGAGAGGCGAGGGCUACGUAGUUGCCACCUCUUCUCAACUUGUAAAGGUCGGUGGACCUCUGGAUGAAAGUUGUAGACUCGAAGGUCUUUUGUAUACCGUCGCGAGCCGUGGGUAUGAUCUUCAGCGUGCCUUGGAAGAAAAUAAGUUGGUUGUGACUCAUCUCCAAAGCCAAAUAGAUGCCAUCAAAUUGGAGGGACCGAGUCACCCCGUCGUUGGCGAAGUCCCAGUUGAUGAGUUAACAGCAUCUCGAAGCGGAGAUGAUUCGGACACACAUCCAUCCACACCUCAAAGUGUUGAUCAGAGCGGGAUCCUUCAACGUGUGCUGCGUUCUCCUAUCAAUGGGAAUAUGGCGGUUGGGUCUCCGGCAUCCCAUGAUAUAUUAUCUGACAUGGUUGAGGACGGCGAUGCCGUAUACUCGCGAUCGAGUCCAGGUUUUCCAAGCAGCCUCGACUCGAUCGACAACGAGGAAAUGGUGAGGGCCGGAAUGCCUACUAUAUACAGAAGGACUGAAAGUGCCGGUGAUUUACAACAAUUUACGUUUGGAUGUGGGUCAAGUCUCUUGGCGGGCGCAGCGAAUGAAUUCUUUGGCGAAAGCCCAACGCCCGCAGCAACACAGAGAUAUUCACCACGGACCUUCAACAAUGCGACGCGGCCUCACAGUCAAACAUACCACGUCGAUCAGACCCCCUCAAUUGCACCGCAAUUUACCUCCUCUUUUGAUGGAAUAAACUUUCGAACCGGCAUGAGCGGUCAUCGCGCCCUGUUGAGUACAAAUCCAGGUCGGGAAAACAGACAAAGAAGGGAAAUUCGUAUGAUGAGUGAACAUCGGGGGAUCGGUAAGGCUCGAGGGACAAGCCGAACCUCGCCGAAGUCAUUGCCUUCGUUCGGUCCGAGAUAUGAAUGAGAGUGACAGCGAUUUCAUGUCGCAAUAACAGUGGCAAAAUCUAAAGUAAUGCUUUCAUUACUG